AUGGCCUCCUCUGAUGAGACGGUUCUAACGCUCCGGAAGGUUCUCACCUCCGAGUCGGAGCCCCUUGCUCGUCGAUUCCGUGCGCUUUUCUCCCUCAAGCAUCUCGCGUGCCUGCAGCCCCCCACCGAGACCACGCUGCCCGCAAUCGAGGCGAUCGCAGCCGGCUUCUCUUCUAGCUCGGCUCUUCUCAAACAUGAGCUUGCCUACUGCCUUGGUCAGACCAAGAACAUGGGCUCGGUUCCGUUUCUCCAGCAAGUCUUGAACGACGCCGAGGAGGAUCCGAUGUGCCGCCACGAGGCCGCAGAGGCGCUUGGUGCACUGGGAGACGCGGGAAGUCUGGACCUCCUGAUUUCUCUCCGGGACGACGAGAAGCAGCUCGAUAUCAUUCGCGAGACGUGUGACAUUGCUGUGGAUAGAAUCAAGUGGGAGACCUCGGAUGAACGCAAGGCGGAGAAAUUGAAGCCCAGUGAUUUUACCUCUAUUGACCCUGCUCCUCCCCUCCCCAUGGUAUCAGAAAAGCCCUCGAUUCCUGACCUGGAAAAGACCCUGCUUGACACCAGCCUCCCUCUCUUCCAACGAUACCGUGCCAUGUUUGCCCUGCGCGACCUUGCUUCCCCUCCCGACCUCCCCACUGCUGUCCCCGCCGUCGAGGCGUUGGCCAAAGGGCUCCAUGACCCGUCUGCGCUCUUCCGGCACGAAGUUGCGUUUGUCUUCGGACAGCUCUCCCACCCGGCUUCCAUCCCCGCCCUGACUGCCUCGCUCAGUGACCUGAAUGAGGUUGGAAUGGUGCGCCAUGAGGCGGCUGAAGCCCUCGGAAGCUUGGGUGACGAGGAGGGCGUGGAGGAUACCCUGAAGAAGUUCUUGAACGACCCGGAACAGGUCGUCCGUGACAGUGUCAUUGUGGCGUUGGACAUGGCGGAGUUCGAGAAGAACGGCGAGGUGGAGUACGCGUUGAUUCCUGAUUCUGCAGCCACUGCGGCUGUCUCUGCUUGA